AUGACUCCUCCAGCUGCUCUGUUAGACCAAGAGUUCGAGCAUCCGAGCAGGCCACUCAAGAAACAGAAACUUGAUGCCGACUCCGACCACACCACUAAUCCCGAGGAAUCUGCAACCAUCUGGAGUCACCCUCUUGGAAUUCGUCCGUCUGGAAACGUCUUUACCGCUACUGCCAAUCUGAAGGCAGCAAUUGGAACAUUUGCCUUGCUCCCGGACGAACUUCUGGCCCAGUUCUUGGACUAUCUUGACGCACAAGAUUUACUCCGAUUGGGUGGCACGUGUCGGGCUCUGCAUGCAUUCAGUAGAUCUGAGGAGCUUUGGAAAGCACUUUUCAUAGAAUCGCAACCAGAAAACUUCAACUGGCGUGGCACAUGGCGGUCAACUGUUUUGUCACAACCGCGCUCUCAGGAGCCUGAUGUGGAUUGCAGCAACCUCUUCUCAGAUGCUCUUCAUCGACCAUAUUUCUGUGCUCAUGUUUCCCUGGAUCCCUAUGUGACCAAUAUUCCAGCCCGCAACCAGAUCCAUCGGCUCACAUCAUUGACUUUCGAGGAGUUCACUGAAUCGUUUACCAACAAACCCUUCAUCAUCUCUGAACCUACAAAACGUUGGCCUGUAUUCGGAUCUUGGUCGGUCAAGUCACUACUCAAACGAUAUUCUCAGGUCAAGUUUAGAGCUGAGGCUGUAGAUUGGCCCUUUGAUGUAUAUGUUGACUACAUGAAGGAUAACCAUGACGAGAGUCCUCUAUACCUCUUUGACCGCUCCUUCGCAGAGAAGAUGAAUAUUCAAGUAGCUGACAGUGCUACUGCACAUCUGUACGAUGGCACUUCUCCAGAUCUAUCGGCCACACAAGACGGGCGCAAAGUGGCAUACUGGGCACCGUCGUUCUUCGGACCUGAUCUGUUCAGCGUUCUGGGAUCUCAAAGACCUGAUCACCGCUGGUUGAUCAUUGGACCGUCUCGCAGUGGGUCAACUUUCCACAAGGACCCCAACGCGACCUGCGCUUGGAACGCUGUUUUGACUGGGCGCAAAUACUGGAUCAUGUUCCCAUCUUCGUCCUCCCUACCGCCGCCGCCAGGCGUCUUCGUAUCAGCUGAUCAGAGCGAGGUCACUUCUCCUUUGAGUAUCGCCGAAUGGUUCCUCGGAUUUCACGCCGAGGCACGCCGCACUGAAGGAUGUAUUGAAGGCAUCUGCGAGGCUGGUGAGUUGCUAUAUGUACCAGCUGGUUGGUAUCAUCUGGUCGUCAACCUAGAAGACUCGAUUGCAUUGACUCAGAACUUUGUUCCUCGUCAAAGACUCGCGUCGGUUUUGCACUUCCUCAGGGACAAAUCUGAUCAAGUCAGUGGUUUUUCGAAAGAUGUGCAAAACCCCUAUGAACUCUUUUUGCAAAAGCUCAGCGAGCAGGAGCCAGAGGCCCUAGAAGAGGCUCUGCCCAAGCUUGAAAAGAUGAGCAAAGGUCCAAAAGGCAAGUGGGCAGAACUAACAAAGACCACCGAGGACGCAAGCACCGAGGGUGGCUUCUCCUUCGGCUUUGGUGGGGAUGAUGAUGAGGAGGUACCAUAG